CAACCACUCCCGCAGGCCGCGGCCAAUUCCCCAAGCAUCCCAGAACGCCAAUUGAGCACUUCGGCACGAUGCGUUUCUCGCUCCUUCCUUCGGUCUUGCUCGCCGGCCUCAGCGCCGUGUCCACCGUUGCGGCUGCUUCGUGGGGCUUCGAAGAUGCCACUGUUACGGUACAGGGCAAGGGCGGCGUUGGCAGCGGCUUGAAGGAGAAGCUCUCCGUCAACACGCCCUUGGCCAAUACCGUCGAGCUGGGUGCUACCGACACGCUCAAGAUCAUCUUGACCACGACCGACGGCAAGAAGGCCAAGCGUCCUCACCAGGCCUUCUUGACCCUCAUGGACCCUGCCACCGGCCUCGAGGACUCGUUCCCGUUCACCAUCAAGGACAGCGGGAAAGGAAAGGUCGAAGUGACUCACAAGGACCUUCCUGCACAAUUCCUGACUGCGUCUGCCCCGGUCACCGCGACUCUGACCAUCGGCUCUUUCGGCAGCAGCAAGCCCUACAGCCACUCCGUCUUCAACCUCGCCAUCACCCGUGAUCCCAACGUGCCGCUCGCCCUCCCAUCGCCGCCUAUCCGCUACGGCCCGCAGCCCGAAAUCCACCACGUCUUCAAGGACGACCCGCGCAACCCGCCCAUGAUUAUCACCCUUGUCUUCGGCGCUGUCAUCGCCGUGACUCUGCCUGUGUUGUUCGGUGUUUGGCUCAUGCUGGGCGCAAACCUAAACCACGCCGGCAAGGCGCUGGGAUCUGCGCCAAUCAGCCACGGCCUUUUCUUUGGAAGCAUCGUCGCGCUCGAGGGCAUUUUCUUUUUGUAUUAUACCUGCUGGAACCUUUUCCAGACGCUGCCGGCUGCGGCUGCCGUAGGCGCUAUUGCAUACAUUAGCGGAAGCAGGGCGUUGUCUGAGGUCCAGGAGAGGAGGUUGGCGGGCCUGAGAUAAGUGGUCUUUGCUGGUCUAGCGCAUGUAGAAUGUACUUACGUACUGCCGUCCGCUGGUGAAGACGGCAGUACUGCUCCGAGUGUUAUGAGGGAAGAAGGAAAAAAGAAAGAAAUUAUUGGGAUUUAUGCUGUAUCUUCUCAAAUUUGUGAGCAAUAGCUGUAAGUUCUGUCGUCUAUGAAGCAUCAUCCAUGUCUGCAAAACCUCUAGUAGUAGUCCCAUCCUUGAGCACAAUACCCAGGCUGUUGCUCUCCUAUG